GACAGCUCAUCUUUUGUUUGAUCUGGGUUGAACUCUGGACGUCCAGCCGGUGCGCACUUUUUCGUCUGACUUUCUCAUCUUGGAGGUUCUGCCAAUCUGCCUCACCAUUUAUCAGCUACGCUACAGCUACAGCAUACACAGCUACACUGACUACUGUACGAAUCCAAGUCCAUCAACGAGUCGAACGAAAUACGAAAACCCCCGAAUAGACACACAAAUCCACCCAAUCAACCUACUCCACACGAACAACACCCACCUCAUAAUCACCACUACCAAAAUAAACCACCACCAAACCACCAAACAACAACAACAACAACAACAACAACAACAAUCACAACAACCAAAAAUGUCCAGCAUAGACAUCUACAACCCCCUCCCGCUCCACCUGGACCCAACCUCCAAAGCCAUCACCCUCACCCACCCUUCCACAUCAACAUCCGCCCUCCAAUCCGAACUCAUCGCCCUCAACUCCCUCCACCGCGCCCUCCUCGAAACCCCCAACCAGAUCCCCCCGCCCCCGCUCCCCAUCAACCCCAAGCGCAGCGCCCAGAUCACCAAACUCCGGGACAGUGCCAACGCCGCCUACCGCAAGAACCACUUCGCCGACGCCGCCCGGCUGUACGGGUACGCGAUCGACAUGGCGCUGGGCCGGCCCGGGUGGGAGCCUGUGACGCUGGCGCGCGACGAGCUGGCGGGGCUGUACGCGAACCGGGCGCAGGCGUGGAUGAGCCAGCGGCUGUGGGUCGAGGCGCUGGUGGAUGCGCGGUGCAGUGUCGAGAGCAAGGCGGUGGGCAAUGUGAAGGCGUGGUGGCGCGGGGGCAAGUGCUUGGUGGAGAUGGGAAGGUGGGAGGAGGCACGGCGGUUUGUGGAACGGGGGCUCGAGAUUGAGGGGAGGGAGAGUGAGGGGGGCAGGGAGUUGGUGGGCUUGCUUGGGGAGGUGCGGGAGGGGGAGGCGAGGGAUAAGCGGGUUUGAGGUGUGGUCUGGGUCUCGGUUUGGGGGGGAUUUGUGGUGACGAGGGAGGUGGAAGGACGGUGUUUUGUUUAUGUUUGGGAUGGGGGGUCUCUGAGCUGAGCUGAGCUGAGGGUGGGCUGAUGAUGGAUGGAUGAUGCUUAUGGUAUGCCCGGUCAUGGGGUGAAGCUGAUUUGCGUCUACGCUGGUAAUCGCAUGGCAUGGUUAUGUGUGAUGUACUACUUACUCUGCUUGCUGUGUUUUUGUGGUUCUGUUCUGUUGCUUUGCGUUGCGCUGCGUUGCUCCUGGCGUUUAGGGUUGAUAGUUUGGGAUUCGCUUUAUGGGACAGUACAUUUUAGUUAUGUCUUGAUGGACGCUGGGUUGCGCGGCCUUCCA